AUGGCAAGUAGUAGGCAGAGAAAGAAUUUGUUGGACUCAGUUUUGGUGGAUGGAGUGAGGUUAGAGGAUCCAGUGCUAGUAAAACAAGAGGUGGUUAGGCACUUUAGUCGUCAAUUUUCUGAACAAUGGAUUCAUAGGCCAAAAUUGUCAGGCCCUUUUACUACUAUUACCCCUGAGGCAGCAGUGAGUUUGGAAGAUGUUUUUACUGAAGCUGAGAUUUGGGAAGCAAUCCAAGACUGUGAUGGGAACAAGGCCCCUGGUCCUGAUGGCUUUAACCUAGCUUGUAUUCAAAGUUGUUGGAAAAUUAUGAAAAUGGAAAUAAUUCAGUUGAUGCAUGAAUUCCAUACCAAUGGAAAGUUGUCAAGAGGGAUUAACAGUUCAUUUAUUGUUCUUAUCCCCAAGAAGGACAACCCUAUAGGUUUGGGGGACUACAGACCAAUUAGCUUGGUCAGUUCAGUAUAUAAAGUCUUGGCCAAGGUGUUAUCUAGAAGAAUUAAGAGGGUUCUUCCAAUGGUGAUCAGUGAGGUUCAAUCUGCCUUUGUUUGUGGAAAGUACAUCCUAGAUGGGGUGUUAAUAGCAAAUGAGGUAGUAGAUGGGUGGAAGAGAUCUAAGAAGAAGGGGAUUAUACUCAAGUUAGAUUUUGAAAAAGUAUAUGACUCAAUAAAUUGGGAGUUUCUAGUAUCUAUGAUGAGAAACUUUGGAUUUGGAGAACAAUGGAUUAGGUGGAUGAAGACUUGUAUUUCAACUGCUAAGAUUUCUGUUCUGGUUAAUGGAGCACCGACUGAGGAAUUUCAAUUACAAAAGGAGCUCGAGUCUGCCUUUAGGGGCCAAUCCAAGAAGGAAGAGUACUUGGGUUCCAGUAAUAGAAAAGGUGCAGAAGAGGUUGUCCUCUUGGAAAAGGAAGUUGUUAUCUUUUGCGGGAUGAUAAAUUGGGAGUUUCUAGUAUCUAUGAUGAGAAACUUUGGAUUUGAAGAACAAUGGAUUAGGUGGAUGAAGACUUGCAUUUCAACUGCUAAGAUUUCUGUUCUGGUUAAUGGAGCACCGACUGAGGAAUUUCAAUUACAAAAGGAGCUCGAGCAGGGUGACUGCCUAUCACUUUUCUUGUUCAUUAUAGUAGCUGAAGCACUUAAUUUGUUGUUGGGGAGGGCUAUUGAGAAAGGUUUAUUUCAAAGUGCCUUAGUUGGCUCUCAAGAGUUGAGUAUAUCUCAUCUCCAAUUUGCAGAUGAUACCAUCAUUUCUGUGAGGGUGACUUGGAAGAAGUCUGCCUUUAGGGGCCAAUCCAAGAAGGAAGAGUACUUGGGUUCCGGUAAUAGAAAAGGUGCAGAAGAGGUUGUCCUCUUGGAAAAGGAAGUUGUUAUCUUUUGCGGGAUGCCUAAGGGGGUUGUAAAGACUUUAGUGAAACUUCAGUCCUCUUUUCUGUGGGGAGGGUCAGAAAAUAAGAAGAAGGUGCACUUGGUUCAAUGGAGAGAGGCAACCAAAAGUAAAUGGCAAAGAGGUUUAGGUGUGAGGGAUUUAGGAGAGGUGAAUGAUUGCCUGCUAUUAAAAUGGUGGUGGAGGUAUGGAAAUGAAGACAAAGCUUUGUGGAAAUCUGUGUUAUGCUCUAGGUAUGACAGAAUUGGUGGUGGUCGGAUGCCACCUGUGUCUCACACAGGUGGGAUGUCUAAUAUCUGGCAAGACAUUGUGAAGUUGUCUGCAGUGAACCAAGGGUUGAAGGUUGAGUUCCCCAGAUUACAUCACUUAUCUACUGAGAAAGAGAAAACUUUGCAUCAAAUCAGUGCUAAGAAGAGCAGUAUAGGGGUGUGGCAGCUGCAGUUCAGAAGAAGGCUUUUUUCUUGGGAAGAAGAUGAGCUGCAGAGGUUAUUAAGGAUGUUGGCAUCAUCCCCUGCAAUUAACUUUGAAAUUGAAGAUUCUUGCUCAUGGUUGGCUAAUAACUCAGGUCAGUUCUCAGUGCUUUCUGUGUGGAAGUGGUGGGUGGCAGCACAAGGACCGGGUUUGAAUAUUCCUGUAGUGGGAUCUGGUAUGGGCUAUACCUGGAUCAGUUCAGGGGAUGUUGCAUUGGUGGUCUGGCGAUUAGGCUGCCUCUCCAAGGUGCUUGAGUUGUGUUUUGAGGAAACUUCAUCUGCUAUGUUCUCCUGUUCUGCUCUGUGCUUGAGGGUGUAG